AUGGAGAGAAGGCCACCGGAUUACCACCUGGAAGUGUGCGCCGAUAGAACGAGCAUUCGCGAUGUCGUGAAAGGCAUCCUCCACACCAUCUUCUUCCACCGCUACUUCACCCCGCUCAUCCCCUCCACGCACGAAAUCCUCGACACCACCCUCCCCUACAUCUCCGAAGACGACAUCGACACCCUGAUAGAAACCCGCACGACCCAACUCCUCCGCGCCCUCGACGCCGCCCCCUCCACACGCACCCCCUCCCUCCUGCAAAUCAACUUCCUCGAGCGCAAACGGCGCAAAUCCGGCUGGUUCGUCACCAAAGCCGACGAAGAGACGGUGUGGGAGACGUGGUUCAUCUCCGUCGAGCUCAUGACGGCGAGGAGCGAGCCCGAAGCGCAGAGGAAUCGGAGGCUGAUGGAGAGGCAGUUGCAGAAGGCGGCGAUGAAGGUGAUUGGGAUUGUGAAUCGCGAGAGGGCGCAUAUUCCGCCCAUUACGACGAAUGAGAGUAAUCCGUUUCCGUAUCAGAUUGUUGUGAAUCCGAGUGGGAAGGAGGGGACGGUGGCGGGGAUUAGUGGGAAGAUGGGGAUAUUUUGA